CGAAUACCUACUAAUGAUCAAUAUAUUCGUGAUUUAGAGAAUCUUUCUUAAAGGUAAUUCAAAUUUACUAUCUUUAGAGAACGGCAUGGAUUAUUCUCAUAGCCUCCUCCUCUUUCAGUUGGUGAUUAAUAUAACGAUUCUUAAAAAAGUAUUAAGAAAAUGCUAAGUAGGUAAGGGAAACAAAAAGGGAGUUCUAAUUAAUUAAAAAAUACAAAAUCAUCAUGAACCCUCAUUAUUUAUGAACCCAGGUUAUAUUUCAAUAGGUGAUCCUUACAAAGAUCCCUUUAAGGCUAAAUAAAUUUAUGAUAAAGAAAAAGAAAUGGCAAUAUCAAAUCCAUAAAGUUUUAAACCUACUGACAAAUCUAAAUCUAUGUACCUCUCUUGGUAUCAUAUUUAUUUAGAAAACACUCCGAAUUUGAGCAUUUAAAAGAAUAUGACGAUAAAAAGUAUAAUACUAGGAAAGCAUCUGGAGAAGUUAUCACUUAAGCAAGAAAUUUCUAAACAAAUCCUGCAAAAAAGGGUUUAGGAAGAAGAACUAUAAAUAAUUUAUUUGGAAAUUAUGAAUACAUCCCUGAUCCAUAUGAUAGAUAAGAGGAAUUAGAUAGAUCAGAGAGACUUAAAUAUAAAAGUAAAUUGUUACCAGGAACCAUCAGAUUUGUUUCGACAAGUCAUGGAAAUAGGCCAUUUACAUCUGAUGGAGACUUAUUAGAUGGAGCAGGAUAUGUAUUUUGAUUCAUUCAUUUUAUCAAGAUUGAAUAAAAAGUUAAGCGUCCAAGAUAUAAAGGAGUACCUUUUAGACCAUCUAAUAAAAAUAAAUAUGGAUUUUAAGGAACUUUUGAAGUUUUUUAAUAUGUUGAAGAAGGAGCACCAGAACCAAAAACAAAAUAAAAUACUUUUUCAAAAUUAUUGAAGACUGAUACAUAUGAAAGACCAUGGAGACCUAAUUCAAAUGGUACACAUGCUAGACCUUGUCCAAGUGUAUCUCAAAAAUUAAGAAAUAGAAGUGGAGGUACUACAAGAAUUUGA